ACGAGUCAGAAAUUCAAAACGAAAAAAGAAUCAGAAAACAUAAUUAAUAAAUUAAAGUAAUUAAAAAGGAAAAGUUGGAGCAAAUUAAUCUAAGAACUGAGGAUGAUACACAUCGAACAUUGCGGCAAUCGAGAACCUGUGCCGGAACCGGAUAGAGAAUUCGAGCAAAGAGAAGAACGGACGAGGGUUAGAAAUAUAAAACCCAAAAUAUGACGGAAAGGAACUGUGAAAAGUCGAUAAAACCCAAAAUAUGGGAAAGUGGAAAAGUGGAGAAUGAAGGAUGAGAGUAUCCAAAAUAUGAAAAGUCGAUAAAACCCAAAAUAUGGGAAAGGAAUGGAAACGUGGAAGAAUGAGGAAUGAAGAAUGAGAGUCUGUGAAAAGUGAGACCUGUGAAAAGUUGAUAAACCCAAAACAUGAUUUUCCCCUCCCCUGUCUGAACUAAAAAAAAUGGAUGAGGCAGAUCAAGUCCAAGAAGCUGCCGCAGCUCUAAUUGAAUUGCAAGGAGGGUUGCAGGCAGCUGCAACCCUACUUGCAAUGCAUGCAGGAGGUGCCAAUACAAAACCAGUUGCAGCCCACGCCCCUCAAAGAGCUCACGAUAACAUGGCUCCUGUUCGAAGGUCGCCAAGACUUACUGCGAGAACUGUGGACGGCGCCCCUCCUCGAAGGUCGGAAAGACUUGCUGCAAUGGCUGCGAAUCAUAACUCAAAUUCUGAGAAUUCUUAGAUUUCUUCGAGGUUGAAGAAGCUGCCGUAGGGGAAGUAUGUCUUUAGCAUGUGUUGCCGUUUUUACUCAUUUCUUUGUUGUACUUUUAGUGUAGGUAGAGACUGUGUGCUGUUCCUUUGAGAGUUGUUCUUUGAUCAUCUAUCAUCCUCUAUCAUCCUCUGUAAUCUUCUAUUUGUGAAAAAAGCUGUAAUCCUUGGGCUUCAGAGUAAUAUAUCAAGGAAUAUAUUGGAAAUCUUUCUUCAUUUUCUACUAGAUUUCCCUUGUAUCAAAUAGUUAUCAUCCAUAUUUCAUUUUAUCCGCAUCAGAAAGUGUAAUUGCACCAAACCCGAAGUCCUUCUUCAGUCCGCGCUUGCACUUCGGAAUGACCUGCAAAGCCCCGAGGUGGAACUCGGGGUAGACACUCCGAUGCUUAAGUCAGCAAUAAUCGGGGCUACCUU